UGACACCACAGUCCGUCUCCUUCCCGUUGUGUUUAUUUGAUCAUACUGUUGGGUGUUGCUAUAAACCUUUUCUUUGAUCUGUACGUACUUUUACCAAUUUCUCCUGCUGUGGCCAUUUCCUAGCUCACGCCACUUGAAUAACUGAGCCGGUCUCCGGCGGCCGGCUGCUGCUUUCUGUUGCCUGUUGGACAUAUCACUCUGUUGCAAACGAAAAGGGGUGUCCGUUGAAUGCCGCACCGUGCCUUUCUUCUCGUCGCCGCUCUCAGUCUCACUGACCUGCUUUGGUGGAAUCCCUGCCUUCCUCCAUCGCGCUCUCCUCCGCCAUGCGUCCCCAGUAGAAUGGGUUCCCUCGAGGCGGCCGGAGGAACUCCGCCGAAGCGGAGCUCCCUCCUCCGCCCCUACCCUUCCCCCUCCGCCUGCCGCUCCUCCCUCCACCGCCUCUCUCGCUUCCUCCUCUCCGAGAAGGUCGGCUACCUCCAGUGGGUCUUCACCGUCGCCGCCUUCCUCCUCGUCGUCGCUCUCUUCCAGGCCUUCCUCCCGGGAUCCACCGUCGAGGGGCCCGGCGGUGGGAGCGGCGCCAGCGGCCGGGAACUGGGCGAGAUCGGGGAUCUGGACUUUGGCGAGGGGAUCCGGUUCGUGCCCGUCAAGCUGCUGGAGAGGUGGGAGAGGGAGGACCGGGAGGCGAAUUCGUCGGUCUCGGCUUUCGGCGAGAGGCCACUACGGCGGUUCGGGCUUCGGAACCCGCUGCUUGCUCUGGUGGUUCCGGAUCUGCUCGCGGAUGCCAUGCAGCUGCAGAUGGUUAGCAUCGCAGUAGUCCUCAAAGAGAUCGGUUAUGAUAUACAGGUUUUCUCAUUUGAAGAUGGUCCUGUUCAUACUGUUUGGCAAGCUAUAGGAAUCUCUGUUAACAUCCUGCUUAAAACACAAGAAACCACCAUCGAUUGGUUGAACUACAAUGGCAUUCUUAUGAAUUCUCUGGAGUCUAGACCUCUGAUUUCACGUCUUUUGCAGGAGCCAUUUAAAAAUGUACCUGUCAUCUGGACCAUCCACGAAAUGGUCCUGCACCUUUCUUCAAGUGAAUAUGCUGCAAAUGGUCAGGAUCAGCUUUUGAAUGACUGGAAGCAAAUUUUUAGCAGAGCUACUGUUGUAGUGUUUCCGACAUAUUUGAUGCCGAUGAUGUAUUCGGCAUUUGAUGCUGGCAACUUUCUGGUUAUUCCUGGUUCUCCUUCUGAAGCAUGGGAGGCAAUUAACUCAGCCACACAGAAAAUCCAUAAUUCCGAAGAAAAUAUGGGUCAUUCACCAGAGGAACUUCUAAUUGCUAUUGUCAGCAGUCAGUUCCUAUAUAGUGGUAAGUUGAUAGAGCAUGCCAUAAUCCUGGAAGCGUUAAUGCCACUGCACCAACAGUUUCUGCAUGUGAAUACUUCUUAUUCUUCUCUGAAAAUUGGCAUUUUGGGUGCAAAUUUUACUGGUGCACAGAGGACUGCUUUGGAGGCAAUUGCUCGAAAUGUUGGCUUUCCAAGCAACAUUGUGGAGAAUAUUGUUGUUGCUGGAGACAUGAACAACUUUAUUAACAUAGCAGAUAUUGUAAUAUAUGGAUCAUUUCUUGAGGAACAAUCCUUUCCCAGUGUUCUUAUGCAAGCUAUGAGUCUGGGAAAGCUGAUUAUUGCUCCAGACCUAGACAUGAUCAGCAAAUAUGUGGUCAAUGAGGUAAAUGCAUACCUUUUCUCUAAAGAGAAAGUUGGCAUGCUGAGAAAGAUUUUGCUUGAAGUAGUUUCAAAUGGAAAAUUGUCUCUAUCUGCUCGGCAAGUUGCAGCAGUUGGUAAAAGGCAUGCCAGAAACCUAAUGGCAUCUGAAACAAUUCAAGGCUAUGUUUCAUUGUUAGAAAAGGUUCUCAAGUUUCCAUCAGAAAUUGCACUUCCUAAGCCUGUCAAAGAGAUCCCUUUGAGACUAAGUGAGGAAUGGCAAUGGGAUCUUUUUUUGAAUUUAAGAAACAUGAACAAUCUAAAUAGAAGCUUUAUAAGUUAUAGAAUGUUAAACAAACUCAAGGAGCAGUUAGAUCACAGCAGUUCUGCUAAUACUUCUGCAAAUUUUGACAAAGCCUUGUCCUCGGUAGCCUGGGAAGAAGAGAAAAUCAUUGAGAUGGUGAAUGCUAAGAAACGAAUAGAAGAAGAAGAGUUAAGGGAUAGGAGUGAUCAGCCUCAUGGAACAUGGGACGAGGUAUAUAGGAGUGCUAAAAGAGCUGACAGAGAAAGAAAUGAGUUGCAUGAGAGAGAUGACAGGGAGCUUGAGCGGACAGGUCAGCCCUUGUGCAUAUAUGAACCGUAUUUUGGUGAAGGGGCUUGGCCUUUUCUGCACCAAACCUCACUCUAUCGUGGAAUUGGCUUAUCAUCCAAAGGACGAAGGCCUGGAGCUGAUGAUGUAGAUGCUUCUUCUCGUCUUCCACUUCUCAGUAAUUCAUAUUACCGAGAUGCACUUGGUGAAUGUGGAGCAUUUUUUGCUUUGGCUAACCGGAUUGAUCGUGUACAUAAGAAUGCUUGGAUUGGUUUUCAAUCGUGGAGAGCGUCAGCUAGAAAGGUCAGUUUAUCUAAAGAAGCUGAGGCCAAACUCUUGGAGGCCAUUCAGACACAAAGGCAUGGAGAUGCUCUUUACUUCUGGAUUCGGCUGGACACAGAUCCAAGAAACCCUCGGCAACUAGAAUUUUGGGAUUUUUGUGAUGCCAUAAAUGCUGGAAACUGCAGGUUUGCUGUUGUUGAGAUCCUCCGAAGAAUGUAUGGUGUACAAGAUGAUUGGGAUUCAUUACCUCAGAUGCCAAAUGAUGGGGAUUUCUGGUCUGUGAUGCACAGCUGGGUUUUGCCCACGAGGUCUUUCCUUGAGUUUGCCAUGUUCUCAAGAAUGUUUGUAGAUGCCUUGGAUGCAAUGGUGUAUGAUGAACACAACACAAGCGGGUAUUGUCUUUUGAGCAUAUCAAAGGACAGACAAUGCUAUUCCCGUCUGCUGGAGCUUCUUGUCAAUGUGUGGGCAUACCAUAGUGCACGACGGAUAGUCUAUGUCAACCCAGAGUCCGGGGCUAUGCAGGAGCAGCACAGGCUGAAGAAAAGGAGAGGUCAGAUGUGGAUCGGCUGGUUCUCUUACACCACACUGAAAGGUAUAGAUGAGGAUCUGGCAGAGGAAGCUGAUUCAGACCACCCUGAUCGGAGAUGGCUCUGGCCCUCCACUGGUGAGAUCGUUUGGCAGGGCGUAUAUGAGCGGGAGCGCAACAUGCGGCAACAGCAGAAAGAAAGAAGAAAACAACAUAGCAGAGACAAGAUCCAGAGAAUAAAGAAGCGGGCACGUCAAAAGACGCUUGCCAAGUACAUAAAACCACCACCCGACGAAGCUGACCAUUUGAACACUACAACAGUCCGGUGACCAUUUUCUUUCGAGGAAAUCAUUUGCUAACUCCUGCUGCAUGUCCAAAUUUUCGUGCUCCCGUUGGCCUUUGGUGCUAACUGUUUCUUUUUUUAUUUUUAUCAUCCUCAGCUGUGGACGCUUUGGCCACUGUUAGCAGUACUGUAUACGGUAUCUUUCACUUCAAUGUGUUGUAUCACUGAGGAAAGGAUUGAAACUUCAAAUGUACAUUAGCUGAUCCCAUCAUAUGUUAUAACAGCAAGUAUUCAAUUCUUUAAGGCAUUCA